AUGGAGUCUGGAGUGCUGCCCAUGGAUCCUUACACCCCUCGUCGAAUGUCUGGGUACUUCCACGCCUAUGUUGAGAACACACAAGACAUGUACGACUCCAGUGCCUGGAUGCCAACCUUGGCUUCCCUCCACAGCCAAAAGGGAUACCUAGAGGGGCUGCUAUCCAAGACUGCGACCACCCUCAACGCGCUGCGAGACAGACAAACACGGAAUGAGCGUGCCCUGAGCACGAAUCCGACCCCGCGGUCGAAGAGAAAGAAGAUACAGCAAAAUAGGUGGAGAACAAACAAGACGAUCCAGACGUGCGAAAACGAGGAGAAGGUCAUUCUAGACUGCCUGCAAGUGUGCACGAGCAACAUCCAUACUCUAGAAUCCAUCAUCAACCCCACUGAUCUGUCUUCGACAGCGGCGACAUACAGCUCUAGCAAGUCGUACAGCAAGUACGCCGACUCCGAAUCGACCGAUUUCGACUGGUACGGCUGGACCGACGAUGCACCCAUCUCCCCGUUCCAGAAAGAGCGCGAACGUUCAUUGGUGGUUGAUGAGAUCCCACCGGAGGCUCGUUGGGACGAAAUAGUAUAUGAGACCAAGAUCACGAGAGAACUCAAGCGCCCACCUCCGCUACGUCCGUGCCUUCGUGCCCCUCGUGACGAGGAUUCGCUCCCAGCGCCCCCAAAUACUGCGCAGACGCAAUUCCAGCAUUCGUCGCUCAGCCCCGAGGCAGACGUCUUCGAGCCCAGCGUCACGCACACCCCAUGCGAUGGGGGAUUGCCGAAGGAGCUAGAUAAGCUCAGCCUCUCGGGCCUGUGGGCAUCAAAGCGGAUGCGGCUGAUCCAGAAACGGCGCUUCUCGGAUGCAGCAAUCGGCCACCUCUUCCGCCGUCUUUCCAGCGGCGCUCGGCCCGAACUCUUGCAGAAGCGGACGCAUGCGAGCUGGGCUGGGCCGAGCGUGCAGCCGCGCCACACGGAUCCGCAGCCAGCGGGCAAGGGCAAGGGCAAGGGCAAGAUGAAGAGGACAAAGUCGGUAUGA